CGUUGCCUACGCUGCUCUGCGAGGCUCGGAGUCAGCUUCAGUCAACGUCGGACCCACUGUCGUGUGCAUAAGAUACCCGUCCGAGCCUUAGGUUCGAAGAUUCCGAGGCUCUUGAUGGGUUUUCCCGCUCAUUUACACACUCUUAUUACUUAGCCGAGUGGAUAAAAAGGGUAGUAUCAGACACUCUCUUCGCAGCUUCCAACUCUUUGUGUAAUAGUUUUAUGGUGAUCCCCGUUCUUCUUGUUCAUGGCUAGGGCUUGGCUUAUUGAUAGUAGAGGACUUGCAAAAAAGGUGAAAAAUGCUGGUCUGCCAGCUGCAUAUCAAAUCAAAGAUUGUGGAGCGAAUCGGCAAUGCCCCAAUUGCCAGCAUCUAAUUGAUAACAGUGAUGUUUCUCAUGAAUGGCCUGGCCUGCCUGCCGGGGUAAAAUUUGAUCCAUCUGAUGUUGAGCUGUUAGAUCAUUUGGCAGCAAAACGUGGGGUGGGAAAUUUAAAGCCCCACAUAUUUAUUGAUGAAUUUAUUCCAACGCUGGAAGGUAUUGAGGGGAUUUGUUACACUCACCCUGAAAAUCUUCCUGGAGUUAAAAAAGAUGGAAGCAGCGUCCACUUCUUUUAUAAAAUAGUUAAUGCAUAUGCUAGUGGUCAGAGGAAGCGCCGGAGAAUCCAAGAUCAAGAAAGCCUGAUUAACGCACACGUUCGUUGGCACAAGACAGGGAAAACCAAACCAGUGAUGGAAAACGGAGUUCAUAUAGGUUUCAAGAAAAUCAUGGUUCUGUAUGCAACUUCAAAGACGGGAUCCAUGCGGACCAAGCCUGAUAAAUGCAACUGGGUUAUGCAUCAGUUCCAUCUCGGAACAGACGAAGAUGAACAAGAAGGAGAAUACGUGGUUUCAAAAAUCUUUUAUCAGCUGCCGAAAGAGACUGAUGACAAAAAUGGAACUUCUUUGGUAAUUGAAGAACCUGAUAUAGGCACAGCUCAAGUAAUUCCUAGGACUCCUAAGACAAACACUCCUGAUCCUCCUCGGGCAGAGAAAACUCCGCCUUCUGAUUGUGGCUCGGAUAAUUAUUUCAUACAGGCACUUGUCAAGGAAGAGGACUAUCUCAAGGAACUGUCUCCUCGUUCUUGUGGCUCUUGGUUGGGGGAUGAAAUGCAGUACACGACGUGCUUGGCUGGAAACUCUGAAGCCUUUUAUUUAAGCAGAGCUGACUCCCUGUUAUGCAACGAGAUACUCGAUCCUUACGCUGCGUCGGGAAAUCUAAGAUCAAAAAAUGGCUCAUCAACUCAUCUUGGUGAUGUACAACAAAGAGAUGGCAAUUCUUCCUGUGGAAUUGGUGAUCUUGACAACUUAGACCUGGAUACUCCACCAGAUUUCCAGCUUACUGAUUUGCAGUUUGCCUCUCAAGACAGCGUGUUUGAUUGGUUGGACCGAUUUUAGACAGACAAAAAGGUUCACAGCCUUUGAUUCAACAUGGGAAUCUCAUGAUUUUGCAGAAAAGGAGUUGUGGAGGACAUUUUCUUACCAUAUCACAAUUGUAUUCUCCAAGAAUUGAAUUUUAUUAAUAUUGUCUGAGAAAAGUGAAUUUUAUUUGAUAUGUAAGUUCACGUGGUUGAUAUAUUAACUUCAAUUGGGAGAUCA